GUUUGACUUAAUUCGAGGUAUUAAUCAAGCCACGUGGACUUUCUUUGUAAGCUUUUGUGUAUGUUUUGAGCUAGCUAGCUAGCUAUGGCUGAUCAAGGCAGUGCUACAGAAGAUGCUAUGGAGAUCGUAGAGGAAGGAGAAGUGGAGUCCGGAGAGGUCACACCAAGCCCUGAGAAGGAGCUCCCAUUUCUGCCUGGCUUCCCAUCGCUACAAGAGUACUCAAAAGCCCUGAUCUCCCAGGUGAUAGCCGCGACCAAGGCGUCCAAUCGGUUGCCAGGAGAGGGAGAUGAUUUCGAGUACUAUUCAAGUUUCCCUGGCUUCAAGACGUUUUGUGAUAAAAUGGGAGGCCGGGCCAAUCGAAUGAUUAGCAAGUUGCUACGACAACAAGCGCUGCCGUGUCAUUGGCCGACGAGUGAGGGCAGUGAUGGAGUGGAUGAAAGAUUCGAUGCUCUUGAAGAAGCAAACGAUGCAAUUAUUGAGAGAGUGAGUCUGUUGUUGGAUGAAGCUGCCGGCUUGACUAGACACCAGCAACCCAUGCUACCCAACUCUGAGGUACAGCGAGGUACGGCUGAGGUAGCCAGCUGGAACUCCAAGCGAGAGUCUGUGCGUAAUGCAGUGAACAGCUACAGUUUUAUCCAUGCUAAGAUUGUUGAGCGCCCUCAACUCAAGUUCAAGCACCAAGUGGACAACAGUAGCUUUUCCUUCAUACCUCUCCUCAGACACAAGCCUAAUGCUAAAGUGCCUCUACCAGAAGUAUUCCAGAGACUGAAGAACCCGACAACACUGUCGGCACUUAUUGACAACACCAAGGAAUGGAUGAGCACUAACCAGGCGAACUUUCACCCCUACCGUCAUGAGCUAGACACUCUGAACUAUAUGGACUCUCAACUUGAGCUCCGGGAGCUGCAGAAUGCUGGGUCUUUGGAGGACACCCCCCUGAGCUUUGUGACUACACUGGAGCAAUUGGAGGAACUAAAGAACGAGUUGAUGACAGUGCCUGAGUUUGCUAUCGACCUUGAGCAUCAUUCUUAUCGCUCGUACACUGGUUUUGUGUGCCUCAUGCAAGUGUCGACUCGUUGUCAUGACUACCUGGUAGACGUACUAGAGCUACGUCAUCACAUGCACAUUCUCCUGGAUCCGUUCACCAACCCACGCAUUGUCAAGGUGCUACACGGGGCUGACAUGGAUAUCCAAUGGUUACAACGUGACUUUGGACUCUACAUUGUCAACAUGUUUGACACAGGGCAGGCUAGCAGGGCCCUCGGGUUGCCACGGUACUCACUGGCCUACCUCCUGCAGUACUGCUGCGGUGUGGAAGCCAACAAACAGUUCCAGCUAGCAGACUGGAGAAUAAGGCCCCUCCCAUCUGAGAUGGUUAAGUAUGCUCGCGAGGACACUCAUUAUCUGCUCUACGUCUACGACAGAAUGUCUAACGAGCUAAUUAGACGUGGUAAUAAGAGGGACAACCUCGUGAGGUUGGUGCUGGACAACAGCCAGGCUCUCUGUGGCAUGCCAUACGUAAAGCCAACUGUCACUAGGGACAGUUACCUCAAGCUCUACUAUAAGCAUAAGAGACACUUCAACUCUCAGCAGCUGCACUGCCUCCAGCUGAUCUACAAGUGGAGGGAUGAUCUAGCCAGGGCCGAGGACGAGAGUACAGGUUACGUUCUACCCAAUCACAUGUUGUUCCAGAUCUCAGAGAUACUCCCACGAGACCCUCAGGGAGUGUUGGCAUGUUGUAACCCGAUCCCCACCAUGCUACGACAACAAGUACAGGAAGUGAACAUGCAAGUACAAAAAGCGAGGAGCACUCCACUCACAAGUAUACUGCCUACAGUUUCUGGUUUUUCUAAGGAGGAUGAAACAGCCACGCCCCCACGCACUGAACCUCCACGGCCCGACUCUCAGUGUGAAGUACGACGGGUUAGGAUCAAGAUCCACGGCCCUCCUGUAGCAAGAGCCGAGCCCGUACUGACCGCCUUCAAGGGGGAGCCAGUCACCGUAACCAAGGAGAUGAGAGACAAGUGUGAGGAGAUACUGCUGUCAUUCCCCAACAUACUGAGUAGAUUCGUGGAGCCUCAGGCAAUGACAAGGAAUCAAGUGUUUGCUAUGCAUAGUACAGCGCCCGAGCUACCACCGCCAGUGGGGGAAUUCCCUCUCAACAGUACGUCCCUCGUGGCCACGCCCCCCAGUGCCGUAGAGGGAAAGGUUAAGAAGUCAAAUGGAAAAAAGAAAAAGCUUUCUGUUAGGGAAAUGGGGAGGGAGGAUGUGGAGUCUGGGGGUAUGGAGUCUGGGGGUGUGGAGGCUAUGGGGGGUGACGAAAGCCCCCCUCCCAAGAAGAAGAAGAAAUCGACUGGCAAGAGGGAAGCGCCUGAAGGAGAACUGACUCCCUUCCAGUAUGAGGGCUCAGAUUACACAAAGUUUGCUAAACAAGGCCGAGAGGUGAAGGUGUUCAAUCCUCACGAUAAUUCUAAAGAGUCUAAAAGAUCGUCAAAGUCCAAAGUUCAUCAAAAGUUCUCAGAGCGUUCUCAAUCAUGGAAGAAGGGAGAGAAGAAGAAAUGAACAAUAACAUUUUAAUUAGUUUACCAAAUAAUUUAUUAUCUGUAAUUUUUUGACAAUGAUGAAUUGGAUCACAAAAAUAUAUUAUAUAAGUGCAAAUUGAUUGAUUAAAA